AUGAGCAGCUUUCAGAACAUCGAGAAGCCGUCCUUCGUAUGGCACUGGAGGAGUUGGGAGGAUUUCAAAGCCGCCUCGUUGUUCACACUGGGCAACUAUGCCAACAUCAUUCUCCUGGUUGUCUUCCUCCUCUUUGCCAUCAACCAAGUGAGAGUCAAGAAUCAAGCCGCGAAGAAGAUCGGUUUCGAGAAUCGUUAUCUCAAAGCCCCCGAGUUUCCCCCAGUGGAAGAGCAACCAGAUUUUGACUGGGAAAAGACGGAACCUCUCCAGUUCCGACCUUUCAAGUCGAAAUAUCAUCUGACCAUGGCCGAAUCUGACGAGUCAGCACUUGAGAACCUCCCACCGUCGGAGUUGCUGGUGAUGGACAGGAACUACGCAGACCGCAUUGCCUACCGUCGGAAAAUCAUAGCCGAGCACGGUGAGCACGUCGUUGCCGUAAACGACGAUUAUCGCAUUCGUCCGGCCGUCGUGGAGCUCUACCAGUUCCUCUUCGGCACCUACCUGCCGCUGCGCUUUCCUGGGAUGUUUAAACUACACGAGACCGACUAUGAGGAGGGCAAGACGUUUAUGCUGGAGAACUUGGUGACCAAGGCAUUAUUCCCUGCGAAACCAUCGCGUCGGAUCUCGACGAAAACGUUAUUGGAGACGCUUGGUCGGACCCUGGACGAAGACUUCCUCUUCCUCCUUCCCGAAGAAGAGGAUUCCAGCACCGACAAGAAAGAAAAACCGAACGAUGAGGACUCAGUUGAUGAUGCGAAAUACAUCCUCGAAGCCUACGUCUGCUGCUGCCCGAGCGGAUUCGACCCCCGCGAGAAACUCGGGCAUCGACUCGCCAAAAUCCAUGGCCCUGUACCUGGCUACCCUCAAAAGCUGGAAGCGUCAAUGGACCGAUUCUUCUCUCGGCUCGAAGUGGGCAAAUACGUCCGCCGCGUCAACUGGGCCAUCACCACGAACACGGAUCUCUACGCGGCGGGUCCCGGAACCAACCACGCCCACGAAGGGGACGAGGUUGAGGAACUCGAGGACAUUAACGUGGAUAAGACAUUCGUGAGGUGCGAGAGGCAGACGCUGCACAGGUUGCCCAAGAGUAAGGCGUUGGUGUUCGCCUUCAAGACUUAUCUGUAUCCGAUUGCCCAGGUGAAGGAGGAGGGGAAGGGAGAGGAACUCGCGCAGGCUAUUGAUGGGCUGAAGGAAGGGAGUGUGCCGGCAAUGCAUUUUUACAAGAGAGGCGUGGUCUGGGGAGAGGCUGUCAAGAGGUACCUUCGAAGCUGA